UUUUAUUGGUGGAUGAGUUGUAUGUAUCGAUCGAGAGAGAGAAUCUUGGCGAACCGGGUUGGCGAUUUUUUUCUACCUGUCAACGCAUCUUUUAAGGAAGAGGACAUUAUGUCGACACUCAAGUGACCACAUCCGCUGUGGAACUUAGUUCAAGAGUUGACUCUUGUUUUCGAGUAGAUUGCACUUGCUUCUCGUUGACUGUGAAGUUAGUUUUCCGGCGUGCCACUCUCAUUCAAACCUGAAGUUGCGAAAUUCUUUUUCGGAGAAAACAUAGUUCUCUGUUAUAAUAUAUCCUCAAGAUAUAUAUUAUAAAACUUUAAUCUACGUAAAUAACUUUUGAAUUCGUCCGGUAUUUAAAUAACAUGGGCGAAGAAGUUUUCCGUCAACAACCUACUUCACGUUCUACAAUCCGAACCAUCGUUUACCUGCCGAAGGAAGAUGUAGUUAAAACUAUGAAAUUGCUGUCCAGUCCUUCUGAUAGUGGUAGCGGCAGUUCGCAUGAAAUCACGACUAUUUUCAAACCUUUUUCUGUGACCACUGCUCCGAGUAGUCCAUCGACUGUCCAUCCUGAAUCUUCGUCAGGCAGUAAUUCGACACCUCCCUACAGAUUUGCAAGUAUUGAGAGGUUGGUGCAACGUCAAAAGAUCUAUGACAGCAAUAAUCUGCCUGUUGUCGCUCAUUUUGAUGACACCCCUGUUGAGUACACAUAUUCUCUUUCACAAAAAAGAGAAAUGUUCUUCCGAGAUAGCAGUACUCCUCCACCACCUACUGCUAAUGUACUGCCCAAUGUGCCUGCUAGUUUUGCGCCAAGUGUAAAUAACUUCACCCCAGCAGCUCCCUUGUAUAAUUCUAGCAAUAAGGAGAACACUGCCACAACAUAUGCCAAAGAAGUAUCUGUGAAGGAUAUGGAUGGUUAUGUAGGGUUUGCAAACUUGCCAAAUCAGAUAUAUCGGAAAGCUGUGAAAAAAGGUUUUGAAUUCACGCUUAUGAUUGUUGGUGAGGCAGGCUUAGGAAAAUCUACUUUAAUAAAUUCUAUGUUCCUGACAGAUAUUUAUUCAAAUGAAUAUCCUGGACCAUCACUUCGGCCUAAAAAAACUACACAAGUAGAAACAACUAAAGUGCUGUUGAAAGAAAAUGGUGUAAAUUUGCAUUUAACUGUUGUAGAUACCCCUGGUUUUGGGGAUGCAGUUGAUAAUUCAGAAUGUUGGCAACCUAUUAUCGACUUUAUUGAAAAUAAAUAUGAAGAAUUCUUGAAUGGUGAAUCCCGUGUUCAUAGGAGUUUUGAACCAGAUUCUAGAGUGCAUUGCUGUCUUUAUUUUAUUGCACCAUCAGGACAUGGUUUGAAACCUCUUGAUGUGGAAUUCAUGAAAAGAUUGCAUGACAAAGUAAACAUUAUUCCAGUUUUAGCAAAGGCUGACACUAUGACUCCUGAGGAGUGUGCCGUAUUUAAAAGAACAAUUAUGAAUGAAAUAGGUAAACACAAAAUAAAAAUAUAUGACUUUCCAGAGUGUGGUGAUGACGAAGAAGAAAGCAGAAUGCUUAAAAGAUUAAAAGACCGAGUUCCAUUUGCUGUUGUUGGAAGUAAUACUGUUAUUGAAGUAAAUGGGAAACGUUUGAGAGGGAGAAAAUACCCAUGGGGUGUAGCUGAAGUGGAAAACAUGGAGCAUUGUGAUUUUAUUGCUUUAAGAAACAUGUUAAUUAGAACACAUAUGCAAGACCUGAAAGAUGUUACAAACAAUGUGCAUUAUGAAAAUUAUAGGUGUAAAAAGUUAGCUGCUUUUACUAAUGAUGGGAAACCUGUUAGAAUAUCAAAUAAGAACCCCUUAGCUCAAAUGGAAGAAGAGAAAAAAGAACAUGAACAGAAAAUGAAAAAAAUGGAACAAGAAAGAGAACAACUUUUUGAGCAGAAAGUUAAAGAAAAAUUCCAAAAGCUGGCAGAUUCUGAAGCUGAUUUGGAAAGACGAAAUGAACAGAUGAAAAAAAGUUUAGAAGCACAGCGGAGGGAAUUGGAAGAAAAAAGAAAAGCUUUUGAGGAAGAAAAGACUGCUUUUGAAGCUGCAAACAAAGAUGAGGAAUUAGUACGUCGAGCGUCAGUAGAUGUAAAUAUGAAAGACCCAGAUACAAAAGAAAAGAAGAAAGAAAAGAAAAAAGGACUAUUUUAACUGUACAUAUUUAUAAUGGACAGCAUGAAUUUCAUCUCAUCAUGUUUGCUGUUUCCUCCUUUCUAAGCAUUUUUAUCCAUUAGUUAUUGCUCAUGACAAAUUUGUAAAAGAUGCUUCUUGAACUGGAUAUAAAAAAAAAGUACUUACUUAAGCCUGUGGUUUGUAAAUGGCUGAAAAACUUUUUCCUUUCUUGCAUUUAAAAGGGAGGGGGGCAUUUGUUUGAUUUUGUGCAUGCAUAUUUAUGUAUUCAUUUAAGUCAAAAAUUACUGAGUGGCUUUUAAAACUGAUACUACUUGCUGUACUGUUAUUUUUCUUAAACCAAAAAUAUUAUUGAUAAGAAAGUGUUAAUACUAAACAAAUUUUAUUUUUGCUGCUGUCAUGUGAUACUACUAUAUUUUUAUCAUUAAAAAAUUGUGUUCAUAUUUUUUGAGAUAAAGGCUGCUUUAAAUUUUUUUUAUGAUUUUUUUUACAAACAUUGUGAUGUUUUAUUACAUUAUGUUUAUUUUUUAAUUUUAACUUUUAUAUAGUUGAAG